AUGGAGGGGGUGGCUGGGAAUGCCCCCUGUGACUACUUUGAAGCUAAUGUGCUUGCCCAGAGAUGCUGUCCAAACUGCUUCCACCCUGAGGAGGCCCACAGAGCAAGGCAUCAGGAGCCCGGGAGCCCUCCAAGUGCUGAGGCGCCCUACUGCGACCUGCCGCGCCGCCCAGCCACCCCUGAGGACCCGCUCGGUGCCUCGACCUCCAACUGCCAGUCUGUGGUGGGUUCGGGCCUUGGGCCAGGGCCUGAGAGGGGCCCAUCAGUAGGGCUCCCUGCAGAGGGCCUCACAGCCACCCCCAGGAGCCAGGAACCCGAGGCAGCACCCUACCUGGAGGGCCUGGCCUCCUCCCUGUGCGGCAGCUUCAAGGAGAGCCCUGACUCUGGCACCAGCUCCAGCCCUGACUGCGAAGCCCCUGAUGGUACCAGCGACUCGUCUUCCGUGGACUGGGACACUGUUGAGAGGCAAGAGGAGGCCCCCAGUGGGGACAAGUUCACCGUGAUGAUCCCACGGAAGCCACAGGAGGGGCCAAGGGCUGACAGUGCCCGAAGGGCUCCUCCUCUCCUCACCCGGUCCCCUGUAGGAGGAGACACUGCAGGCCAGAGAAAGGAGGGCUCUGGUGGUGGGAACCGAAGCGCCGGACAGCACUGGGCGAAGCUCCGGGGAGAAAGCGGGUACUUCUUGGAGCGGCACCGGUCAGCGCUGAGCCCGGUCUCUCCUGUGACACCACAGAGCGGUCCUCGAAGUGCCACCCCCCAGGCUUCCUCUCUCCAUCGCUCUGCUUCCACACAACUCGAUACCUCCCGAGCCUCCUCUCCCCAACGAAUUGCCCAACGGGACAACCCCAGAACCUCAUCCACCCAGCAGGACACCCCCAGGACCUCUUCCACACAGCGGAACACCCCCAGAGCAUCCUCUCCCUCAAGAGUUGCCCAACGGGAUAACCCCAGAACCUCGUCCACCCAACAGGAUACCCCUAGGGCCUCUUCCACGCAACAGAACACCCCCAGAGCAUCCUCUCCCUCAAGAGUCGCCCAACGGGACAACCCCAGAACCUCGUCCACCCAACAGGACACCCCCAAGACCUCUUCCACACAGCGGAACACCCCCAGAGCAUCCUCUCCCUCAAGAGUCGCCCAACGGGACAACCCCAGAACCUCGUCCACCCAACGAAAUAAUCCUCAAGUUUCCUUUCCCCCCAGAGCCACCCAACAAGACAACUCCAGAGGCUCUUCUACCCAACAGGACAGCCCUCAAGCUCCUGUCCCUACUUGUACUCCCCAGUGGGACAACCCCAGACCUUCUUGUAUUCAACAGAACACUCCCAGAGCCUCUUGUGCCCAACGGGACAACCCCAAAACCUCUUCCUCACGGCGGGAGAACCCAGGAAGCUCCUCCUCUCAGGGCUGCACCCAACGGGACAAUCCCAGGAAUUCCUCUCCCCAUCGUACUAACAAAGACAUUCCAUGGGCCUCCUUUCCCCUCCGGCCAACCCAGGGUGAUGGCCCCCGAACCUCUUCCCCAUCUCGCUCCAAGCAAAGUGAGGUUCCCUGGGCAUCCAUUGCCCUCCGGCCAACCCAAAGCGACAGGCCUCAGACCUCGUCUCCCAUCAGAGCAGCUCAGCGUGACUCACCCCAGCCCUCCUCCAGCCCCACCCAGCACAACUCACCAUCCCGGGCCACUUCCUCCUCCCACCCACCGGGCCACCACAGUGCCUCCCGGACCUCCUCGCCUCUGCACCCUGCUACCCGCGGUGCACCCCAGACCUCUCCGGAGCCCUCCCAGCCCCCCUGCACUGUGUGCAUUGGGCACCGGGAUGCCCCUCGAGCCUCUUCGCCUCCUCGCUAUUUGCAGCAUGACCCCUUUCCCUUCUUCCCUGACCCCCAUGCAUCUGAGAGUGAAUCGCCCCACCAUGACCCUCCCUAUAUGCCCCCAGCCGUAUGCAUUGGACACCGGGAUGCCCCUCGGGCUUCCUCACCCCCCCGCCACACCCAAUUUGACCCCUUUCCCUUCCUCCCAGACACGUCAGAUGCUGAGAACCAGUCCGCCCAGCACGAGCCUCCUCAGUUCCCCCCCACUGUGUGUAUUGGGCACCGCGACGCACCCCGGGCCUCCUCCCCGCCGCGCCAAGCCCCAGAGCCCUCCCUCUUGUUUCAGGAUCUCCCCAGGGCCAGCACCGAGAGCCUUGUCCCCUCCACAGACUCUCUGCACGAGCGCCUCCACAUCCCCAGCCCUGUAUGCAUUGGGCACCGCGACGCACCCUCCUUCUCGUCCCCGCCCCGCCAGGCCCCCGAGCCCUCCCUCUUCUUCCAGGACCCCACUGGGACUAGCAUGGAGAGCCUGGCCCCCUCCACAGACUCUCUGCGUGGCUCCCCAGUGCUGCCCCCUCAAGUGUGCAUAGGGCACCGGGAUGCCCCUCGAGCCUCCUCUCCACCCCGCCACCCGCCCAGUGACCUAGCGCUCCUGGCACCCUCACCUCCGCCAGGCAGCUCGGGGGGCUCCCGGGGCUCGGCACCCCCGGGUGAGACCAGGCACAACUUGGAGAGGGAGGAAUACACCGUGCUGGCCGACCUGCCCCCACCCAGGAGGCUGGCGCAGAGGGAGCCAGGGCCCCAGUGCAGCAACGGGGGCCGCACCCGCAGCCCUGGCCGCGCAGAGGUGGAGCGCCUCUUCGGGCAAGAGCGCAGGUGA